GAAAACGAUAGUGAAAUGAUCCGUGAGGCGUUCCGUGUGUUCGAUCGAGACGGUAACGGUUUCAUAACUGCCGAAGAGUUCAGAUACUUUAUGACACAUAUGGGUGAGCAAUUCAGCGAUGAGGAAGUCGACGAAAUGAUCGCUGAGGUUGAUAUCGAUGGUGACGGUCAGGAAGUGACUUAG